UAGCUGCUAUAUACAGUUCUCAGGAAGUAUAAGGCACAAGCUGGUGAAACCCUUCCAGCACAAAUCACAGACUUCUCUCAACUCCUCCCAGUCCACACUGCUCAGUCUACUCCUCCUGUUCACGUGACUGAUCACAUCACGUCAUCACAGUUCCCUCAGCCCACUAGCAUCUAGCAUCUACCUCGUACAGACAGCACUUUGUAUUGCUCAGGAAAAGGAGACGUUGGAGUUCUGUACCUCCUUAGACCCUACGGUCGCCUGCCUGUGGAUGUUGUCUGCCUACACCGUAGAUAUCUGUUGGACAUACUGUUUGCAACGUGGACUGUUGUAGUGAGUGGGUGCUGUGAGUGUACACUGUAGGUUCAUUGACAGGAGGUAAAGUAAAGCUUUGCCUCUGCUGCGAGAUUCCCCUGCAACAGCUAAAAGAUUGGGGGCUGGUUGCUGGCUUGAAUGGUUGCCAUGCGUGUCUGUUCAUCAUCUGUUGAUUUCGAAGAGAUAUAUUAGAGAUCUAGAACCGGCAGAAAUCUAUAUGUCGAUGAACUCGGUUGCACGCCUGACCACCUUACAUGGUUGUUCGUAAUAGUCGUUGAUCAGCUGGAGAAGUUAAUGGCCAGUACCUGAACUGGAGAUCAAGGGUUUAGACACUCCUUACAUCGGUCAUUGACUUGAGCGCUCACUUGGAUUAAUUCCUUUCAACAGACUUUGCCGGAUGCGGUGAAGCCCACAGGUGGAUGGAUGGAUGGUGAAGAAGCAUGAUCUACCCCGGCCUGGCUAGCCUCAUCAAGGGGCUCCUUCUAGCCACUGUGACGCUAGGAUCUGCAGGAAAGGCAUCUGGACUGCAGUUUAUAGGUCGUGGGUACAACCUGACAGUCUCUCAAGGACAUGAAGCCAAGCUGAACUGCAGUUUAUUGGGCAUGGAGUUGCCGGAGAUCCAGUGGCUGAAGGAUGGCAUCGUAGUGCAGAGUGCUGACCAGAUGUACAUUCCAGUGAUUGAAGAUCAUUGGAUCAGCUUCCUCAGCUUAAAGAACGUUGAGCGUCCAGAUGCUGGAAAAUACUGGUGCGAAGCGGAAAAUAACGGCUUGGAGGUUGUGUCCGAGGCCAUUUGGAUUAUGGUGGAAGGUGUCCCGUAUUUCACCAUGGAGCCGGAGGACAUGGCAGUUUUAAAAAACACCUCCUUUAAUAUUUCUUGUGCGGCAGUAGGACCACCAGAGCCUCUCACCAUUAUAUGGUGGAUGGGCGAUUCCCCUGUUCAAAGGAAGCCAGAGGGCUCCCCAUCUGUUCUGUCAGUACCAGGAAUCCAUCAGACUACUGUGUUCUCAUGUGACGCUCACAACCCUAAGGGGGUCUCCUCAUCCAGAGCAGCCAUUGUUCAUGUCAAAGGACUGCCGCAUCCACCAUAUAAAUUGGCCGUAGGCGAGGUGACAAGCAGCACAGCAGCCGUGACCUGGAGUCCAGGGUUUGACAACUAUUCUCCACUCCUCUCUUGCACAAUGCAGGUUCUGCUGUUACAAGAUCAACGUGACAUGUAUUCCCAGAGUAUUAUCGUACCGCCAUACAGUGUUGUCUUAGAUGAACUGAAGCCGCUGAGCAAUUACAGCGUCCGUCUGCAGUGCGCCAAUGAAGUGGGAAAUUCAGAUUUCACAAACUGGAUAACUUUUCAGACAUUAGAGUCCGUUCCACUUCUUGCACCACAAAAUGUCCAUCUUACGAAGACCAACUCUGGCUUAAUGUUAGAAUGGGAAGAAGUUCCACAAGAUCUGCAAGACUAUAGUCUACAGGGAUACAAAGUGCAGUGGGAGCAGGACAAUAUAACACAGGGAGAGGUGGUUGUUCAGGGAAAUCAAGUAAACCUGACUUUCUGGGAUCCUCAGAAGGACCUAACCGUGAGGGUCUGUGUGGCCAAUUCUGCUGGGUGCGGACCUUGGAGUGACUUUGUUCUUGUGGCCUCCAAAGCUGACCGACAAAGAAGACCGCAUGCACGAAUGUCUUGGGUCCCACUGGUUUUGGGUAUCCUCACUGCCUUAGUGACAGUUGUGGCUAUGACCUUAAUCUUUUUGCGAAAAAGAAGAAAAGAAACAAGAUUUGGGCACAUGUUUGGCUCCAUGCUCGGUCGGGGCGGCCCAGUCAUCCAGUUUACUGCGGCCAGGUCGUUCAACAGGAGAGGAACUGAGGUUUUGGAGGCUACAUUGGAUAGUAUCGGCAUAAGUGAUGAGCUGAAAUCCAAGCUUACAGAUGUUCUCAUUCAGCCACAGCAUUUUACCUUAGGACGGACACUAGGAAAAGGAGAGUUCGGCUCUGUUAGAGAAGCUCAGCUGAAGACAGAAGAUGGCUCCCUGCAGAAGGUUGCAGUCAAGAUGCUGAAAACGGAAAUUUUCUGCUCCAGUGACAUUGAAGAAUUCUUGAGAGAAGCCGCUUUCAUGAAGGAGUUUGACCAUCCAAACGUUUGCAAAUUAAUAGGAGUGAGUUUGAGAAGUCGUACCAAGGGAAGGCUUCCAGUUCCAAUGGUAAUCCUGCCAUUUAUGAAACAUGGAGAUCUUCACACCUUCCUCCUGAUGUCACGCAUUGGGGAUGAGCCCAUUAAUCUGCCAAUCCAAACCCUAGUCCGGUUUAUGAUUGACAUCUGCAGUGGAAUGGAGUAUCUUAGUUCAAAACAUUUUAUACACAGAGAUCUGGCAACCCGCAACUGCAUGUUAAAUGAGGACAUGACAGUGUGUGUUGCCGAUUUUGGUCUCUCCAAGAAGAUCUACAGCGGGGACUAUUACCGUCAGGGAUGCGCAUCCAAGCUUCCUGUAAAAUGGUUGGCACUGGAAAGCCUGGCAGACAAUGUUUACACCGUGUACAGUGAUGUGUGGGCUUUCGGUGUCACCCUUUGGGAGAUAGUCACCCUGGGACAAACCCCUUACGCCGGCAUCGAGAAUUCUGAAAUCUACAGCUACCUCCUUGCUGGAAAUAGAUUGAAGCAGCCGCCGGACUGUCUGGAUGAGCUGUAUGAAAUGAUGUGCCAGUGCUGGACCACUGAGCCCAAGCGGAGGCCCGGUUUUUCCGACCUGAGAAGACGUCUGGAGGCUAUCUGGGGCCGAUUAUCUGUGCUAUCAGGAAGUCAAGAUCCGCUGUACGUAAACCUCGGGGAGACUUGUGGAGCUUCUGCUGCAAACUCCAUUUUGCACUCUGCAUUUGACAAUAUCGACCAAUGCUGCGUGGACACUACUCAGACGUGCGGCGCGGCGGCGGUCAGUAGCGACUAUCGCUAUAUUGUGAACCCUGGGUGCCUUAGAGAAGCAGACGAGUGGCCUCCUAAUGGACAAACUGCAGAAGCCAGAGGCCUCCUAAAUAUAGAUGAGGAGGAGGAGGAGGAAGAGGAUGAAGAUGAGGAGGAAGAAGAAGAACGACUUCAGGAAGCUCAUGUUGUUAUUAACCUCUAGUACAAACCUCUUGAUGGAAAGGUGUCCAUGACUUUAGAUGUCUAUGGGGACCAGGAGACACCAGCUAGGAAGGGGAGUAGCAGUCAGCAGAGCUCUUUCUGAUGAUCCCUACUGAAUAUUUAAAGAGCCCCUUACCCCGGUAAGCUAUUACCCUGUGUACAAGGCCCAAAGAUCUUGCAGGGUUAUAAAUCAGGAUUUUUAUGCACCACAUCUCCCUGUGAUGUCUUGCCAACAAUGAUGGAAACAAAUGGCCUUCACUGCCGUUAGUUUAUCUAGACCGGUGUUUUCCAUUCAGCCUUUAGCUGUACAGGCAUGCUGGAAGUUGAAGUUUUGCAACAGCCGGAGGCCUAUUGUGUUGGAAACACUGGUCUAGAGCAGUGGUCUUCAACCUGAGGACCUCCAGAUGUUGCAAAACUACAACUUCCAGCAUGCCCGGACAGCCGUUGGCUGUCCGGGCAUGCUGGGAGUUGUAGUUUUGCAACGUCUGGAGGUCCGCAGAUUGAAGAUCACUGGUCUAGAGGGUCCUUUCGUGAAGCGGCACUUGAAUUGGGCAGCUGUAAAAGGGCCCAUAGAGUAUUUUCCCACAUAGGUUUAUUGCAGAAAUUUCUGCAACUCUCUACACCCGCAGAAAAGCACCCUGCAGCCACAACCAUGUUCAGGUGUUGAAAAUUGAUUUUUUUUUCUGCAAUUCAUCUGCCCUUACUUCUACCUGUAUAUAUGGUAACCGGUUAAUACCAACAAUGUUGUCUGACUCUGCUCCCGGCUUAGUCGCCUGCAAAAACAUCAUGCAUGCUCAGGUGAUCCAAGCAAGCGUGUCCGGCCUCCUUAUAAUGCACAGAAGUACUUUGAAAGUGAGACUCCUAGCGGGCUGUGAUACCUUUUAUAGCAUUAAGGCUUAUGAAUGGCCCUGAAAGGGAAUCUGUCAGCUGUGAUUCACAUUCCACACUUCUAACACUGUUAGACAGCUGUGAGAGACAUGUUACUUUUCAUAGAUCUGUCUGUACUUCUAAAACCUAGAAAAAUGCUUUUAUUUUGUGGUGCCGAGAGUCAGUGGCGUUCCCAAGCCCCUGAAGUGGAUUACUUCCUCGCUUCCCCUCCCAUUCCUGUCUCUGAUUGACCGUGCUCGGCUUCCAGCUGACUGUCAAUCAGUCAGAGGCAUUCCAAAGCCCCUGAAGUGCUGUGAUGUGGAACACUUUCAUGCUUCCCCUCCAGACCUUGCUUGAUUGACAGGCAGCUGUAAGCAGAGCCCUGUUUCUAAAUCAGCACUGAGUAUUCAGAUUGAUUAGCAACACCUCCAUUACGUAGAAAAACACUUCUAUUUUAUGGUGCAAAGAGGCGUUCCCAAGCCCCUUAUGUGCUGUGAUCUGGAUUAGUUCCUCGCUCCCCCUCCCAUUCCUGUCCCUGCUUGAUAGACAGUCAGCUGAAGACCAAGCCCUGUUUGCAUAUCUGGGCUGUGCAUACAAAUUGCUUGGAAACACCUCCAUAACCUAGAAAAACACUUUUAUUCUCUGGUGCAAAGAGUCAAACUGAGCAUUGCAUUUUGGCUAAGAUCAAGUAUAGUAUAUAUUCUUAUCAGUUUAAUAUCUGACACGCCCCCUAUCUGGGGACAAUAUAUUAAAUGGAUUUUUGAGAACGGGGGACGAUUUUGAAGCUUGCUUCCGUCGCCCUAUGCAUUGACCCGAUAUGGUAGUAUCUUCGGGUACAGUGUUCCCAAACAAUUUGCAUUCACAGUGCAAGUGUGAGAAUUGGAAAAAGGGCUCAGCUUCCAGCUGACUGUCAAUAAAGCAGGGGGGGGGGGCAGAUAGGUGAUGUCCCACCUCUCAACAAUUCGGGGUUUGGUAACACCUCUUUAACACUUUUUUUUAUAGGUAAUGGAAGCACAGAUAAAUAUAUGAAAGGUAGUUUGGAAAGUGAAUUGCAGCUGACAGAUUCCCUUUAAAGCCAUUUAUUAAAUGUAUUAGCCUCAAACAUCCACGUGGAAAUGUCAGUUUCUUUUAUUUCCAAUCAUGAAUGAACUACUAAUCGAUUUAGUGUCUCGCUCAUAAAACACACUGUAUAACUAAAAAACAAAAAAAUCAGGUGACUGUGAGGUCUAUGUCUUCUACUGUACAUCUUCAUAUUUAGGAAUAGCAGAUUGGCCCUUGUUUCGAGGAGAUCCAGGGAAACCUUAGAUGUAUAUAUUUUUUUACAUGACUAAAGAUCAUAGCUCGCGAUCUCUUAUUUUUAAGAAUGGUAUCACAGCCGUAGCACACUGGCGACUUGACGGUGAGACGUUCUCUCUUCACAGCGACCCCCUGGAUCAACUACUCAAUGCAAUAUAAUGGAGAAAGCCCCGAUUUCCAGUCGGGCGUAAACAUAUAAGCUUUUUAUCUAAAUGGACUUGGACUAUAAGCAGCAGAAUAUAUAGAGGGAGAACUGUGACGUCAAUACGGACAUUUUUAGCUGAAACAGUUGGUUCCGUCAAAGCAGAAUUCUGCUGCGCUAGAAGAGACUUGAUUUGCAUGUAUCAUAUUUAGUUCAUAUAAUAAUGUAUGUUGUUUUUUUGUUGUUUUUUGUUUUUUUGUUUUGUUCUGUCAGUUUUUUAGCCAAGCGAACAACUGUUGUACUAUUAUGCUUCCAGAACCAAAAUAAUAUUUUUCUAGAAUGUGUGACUGAAUUUAUUUGCACUGAACAGCCUGAGUGAAAUUACAUCAAUAAUUGAUUCGUUUUUUUACAAUGGUUUUAGAAACCAGGGAUGUUUUUAACAUGUACCUCCCAUUAGGGUACAUUUACACUGUUACAAAAAAAAGUUAUGUCACUUGUUGGUAGAGAAGUCAUGUUGGGUAGCUGCUUACAUAAACUGCGUGGCUCACAGGGAAAGUCAAUGGGAAUUAAGCAAAUUGCGCAAGUUCCCCGCUUCGGCGGCUUUCCUGACCACCUUGGCAGCUGCAAACAGGCCAGAAUUGGCUGGAAAAAGAGGAGGUAAGAAGAUGACACAACCCCUUUUUAAAGUGUACCUGUUAUUAUACCAACUUUUCACAUGUCUUGGGACAUGUCAAAAGUUUUUAUUGGUCGUGGUCUAAGGGUCUAUUCACAUGGCAGAAUUUCCGUUACGGAAUUCCGCCU